AUGUUUGCACUUUCGACAGAGCUCCAGAUGCUGCAAGAUCAUGAGCGGGAGCUCGAGACGCAGCUCGCGGCUUGCCCUCGGCAAGAAGAUGUCCUGCAGCAGCUUCUCCUUCUCCAAGACAAAAUCGCCCAAGAGACCACGACGACGUCGUCAUGUGCAAAUGCGGCGCUCGAUGAGCUUCGCCAGCAGUUCCAGACGCUUCCGACCUCGGAAAUGGUCUCCCAGCUCCACGCAUCGCUCAAAACCAAAGCCGACAAAGCCGACAUUGCUCGCUUGCAACGGGGGCAGAAUGACCAGCAAACGAACCUCGGUCUUUCCAAAAUGCCGCUCAAGUGUCUCUCUUGCGACCAGUACCUUCCGCGACCCAAGUUUGCAGCGACAAACGAGGCGUGGAACCCGUCAGCGCCGAUCGUGUCGCCCAGGAAUACGGUGAACCUCCAACCGCUCGAGAUGCCAAAGAAGGACCGAGCGACGACGACCGCCAGCACACAUACACUUCGAGCGAACGCAGGUGGUCCGUCACGCGCGAUCGUUGCAACCAAACUGGCCAAGCCGCGCGUCGAGUUUGUCGAGAACGUCGUCACGAAGCUUGAGAGACACCGUCCGAUGACGGCCGCGCCACGCGGGUAUACGCUGCAGAGCACACCGUUCGAGAUGGCCAUGCCAGGCGAUGCCAUACCCUCGUCAGCGUCGUCAUCAGCGUCCUUGCGACCGCCAACUUCGUCGCUCCUGUCCGACAAACAGCGCUACUCGUUCUACUACCUUGGCAACAACUACAGCAGCAGCAACAACGCCAACAAUAAUGGUGGCUAAUCGUAUCUGAUGACACGUUGAACGCAAUACAGUAUGUGGAUG